AUGGAGGAGCCGCCGCCGCCGCCGCCGCCUCAGGCGGCCCCGCCGCCCGCCCCGCCCGACGGCGCCGCGCCCGCGGCCUCGCUGGACGGGGAGCCCGCGGCCGAGGCCGCCGCCGCCGAGUGGAACAUCCCGCCCAACGCGCCCGCCUGCAUGGAGCGGCACCUGGAGCGCGCGCACUACCGCGCAGACGGGGCCCUGCUGCUGGGCGCCUCCGGGCUGAACGGGCGCUGCUGGACCGGCUCGCUGUGGGUGUUCGCCGAGCCCCGGCGCGCCCCCAGCGAGGGCUUCUGCACCGCCGGCGUGCAGACCGAGGCGGGGGUCGCCGACCUGUGCUGGCUGGCCGACAGGGGCAUCCUGGUGGCCUCCGACUCCGGUGCAGUGGAGCUGUGGGAGCUGGAGGAGAACGAGAGCCUGAUCGUGAACAAGUUCUGUAAAUACGAGCACGACGACAUCGUGACCUCGGUGUCUGUGCUGGCCGGCAGCAGCCAGGCUGUCAGCGGGGGCAGGGAUUUCUGCGUGAAGGUCUGGGACAUCCCGGAGCAAACGGUGCUGCACUCCUACAGAGCUCACUCCGAUGCAGUGACAUGUGUGGCUUCCUGUCCUGGUAAGGACACUGUGUUCCUGUCCUGUGCUGAGGACAACAGAACUUUACUCUGGGACACCAGAUGCCCCAAACCAGCUACUCGAAUUGUUUGCAGUGCCUGUAAUUACCUCCCUACCUCAGUCAUGUGGCAUCCACAGAAAAGUGACAUCUUUGUCUUGGGUGAUGAAAGUGGAACAGUUGCACUGGUGGACACAAAGAAUCCUGACUCUGCCCUCAGCGCUGCCGUGCACACCCGAGGCAUCACAGGCUUCGCUUUCUCUGCACACAGUUCACCCUUACUGGCUUCCAUCAGUGAAGACUGUUCAGUUGCUGUUCUUGACUCAGACCUCUCAGAGGUGUUCAGAAAUCAUUCUCAUCGAGACUUUGUAAAAGGCUUGUCCUGGUCUCCUUCAGAUGAUGCCUUGCUCACUACAGUUGGAUGGGAUCAUCAGGUUUUACAUCACACUGUCCCCCUACCAGCUGGUGAAGCUUCUGGAAUCAACUGUGUAAAAGAAUAGUUUUAUAAACUCGUGGUCCAAGUUCCUUGCUGGCAUCACUUUGAUUCUGCUGAAGUCACAGGUGUGUGAGCUGGAGUGGGGUCUGUUGUCUGCCUCCAAGCUUGUGGCUAAGAAGGUUCCUGUAGUAAUUUUGAAUUAGGCAUAAGUUAGUUACAAACCAAGCUUUAUUCUCUCCUCAGGAGUGGCUUCUCCUGUAAUAAAAGACUUUGGUUUUACUCAGAAAAAAAUUGACUUCAGGCACAGAGGAGACUUGGAGAGACAGGGAAUUAGGUGUAGUGAAAAAAGAAAUAAAGUCAAAAAGACUUGAUUCUUUCCUCAGUUCUCCAGACUACCCAUGGAAUUCAUAGAAGCUUCUGGGGGAGGUUAGCAGCAUGCCUCUUGUUGGGUAGAUGUGAGAGCCUCACCCUUACAGAGCAAAGUUCUUUGCUCUGUAAAUCAGGUGGAAUGAAAAGGCCCGGUGGGAUUCAGGGCUGGAAGGGUUCCAGGCUGUCCUUAAUGCAGCACGUGGCUGGUGGGGAACAUUCAGCCUCAGUACCAGUGUGGAGCCUCUGGUGAGCACUGGUUGUGCACUGGUGUAGAAUCCCAGCUUGGUGCCAGGGUGUAAAGGAGGAUCCCAGCUGGAGCCCUGCAGCUGCAGCACCCCUGGGAUGGUGCUGGAGUCCCGGCGUGCCAGGGGCACUGGCAGGGGCUGGCAGCAGGAGGGAGCGGGUGCUGUGCUCUUGGACACCACGGUUCAUCUCCUCUGUGCUGAAGGCAGCUUACUCAAGGAUAAGACCUGUGAGCAAAAGGUUUACGUGGGGGAAAAACUGGACUAAGGACUUCAGUUGUCAUUUGCUUGCUCCUGUACCAGACUCUGCUUAGUGAUAACCCAGAUCCCUGCACUUGUGACGAGUGACUUCUUGUGCUGGCACUGAGGGGACAGGACAGUGCCCUGCCCCCAGACCAGACUGCACAGAACCCCUAGAGAACAUACAUUUCUAACUCAGCUCUUUACCUGGAGAAAGUCACUGCUCUGCAUGCACUGCUGCUGCUCUAGGUAUGGCUCGGUCUGGCCUAGUAUUUCCUAGACAGAAUUAAGCAAGUCCUGACUGAUGAAACAAAAAUACAGUUGAAAUGAAUGUUACCCCCGGUUCUUCAGCAUGAUAGCAGCACCUAAAUGUACACUGCUUCCAGUUUUUAUCUCUGCAUACACAUAGGUUUAGUUGUGCAAAGCCCAUAAUUAAUUUUUAGGCAGACUAAGCUUUCCCAGGCUCUGUACUUUUCUCAUACUCUUUGUAAACCUCACUUGCUGCUUUUUAAAUUCCCGUGUCAUACAGGUGUUCACAGCAACUUCUGUUCUAGAGCAGUGUAUGACAAGAAAUGGUGAAUGAUGAUAAAAACUGACACGUUUCCUUAGAAAUACCCCUUGAACCACAAAGUCCCCUGCUGGGGACCUGUGAUGCUGUACUGGAACAGGUCUUGGGCUGGUUCUGAAAAAGUUGUCUUGGAAAAUGGUUUUCAUUUGUGACUGGGUUUAAGUUCCACUGGGCCACUUCUGUAGCACUGAAGAGCCAGCUGAGAUCAUCCACACAGUUCAAGUUGUGAUUUCAGUCCCUGAUAUUAAAACUGUUCUUAAAUAAA